GAUGAUUAUGCUGAUGAAGGGAUCGAAGAAGGGCCUUCUGAAAGUGGAGAUAGCACAAAAGACUUCUCUAAAUCUCCAGAAGGCUCGACGGAGGACAACGAAAAGAAGACCAAUCCAAACGAUAAACCGCCCUUCUCCUACAAUGCACUCAUAAUGAUGGCAAUCAAAAGCAGUAGCGAGAAAAGGUUGACGCUAUCUGGCAUCUAUGACUACAUUAUGACGAAUUAUCCGUUCUAUCGUGACAAUAAACAAGGCUGGCAGAAUUCGAUUCGUCACAAUCUGUCUCUAAAUAAGUGCUUUGUGAAAGUGCCAAGGAGCUUCGAUGAUCCUGGAAAAGUUUUGAUUGACGAAAUUACAGGAAACUACUGGAUGUUGGAUGCUUCGUGUGAGGAUGAAGUUUUCAUCGGUGGUGCUACCGGAAAACUGCGACGACGACCCUCAUCUAUGAGUCGCGCCAGAAUGGAUGCCUUCAAGCAAUAUGGUGCUGCAGCGGCAGCUCUUUUCCCUCCAUACAGUCAAGUGGUCUUCCCUCGUCCACCUCAUCCUUUUCCUCCUCGUCCAAUCCUCCCAAUCCCAACAUUUUAUUCCCAUACUGACCUAAUGCAUCUGUAUCUAGCCCAACAACAACAACAGCAGGAAAUGCUUAAGAAAUUCUAA